AUGGGAAGAGGAAAGAUUGAAAUCAAGAGGAUCGAGAACACUACGAAUCGCCAAGUGACCUUCUGCAAAAGGAGAAAUGGACUGCUGAAGAAAGCUUAUGAGCUCUCUGUGCUUUGCGAUGCUGAGGUCGCCCUUAUUGUCUUCUCCAGCCGAGGCAGACUCUAUGAGUACGCUAAUAGCAACAUAAACUCUACAAUUGAGAGGUAUAAGAAAGCAAGCGACAGUUCAACUUCAGGUGGCAUUGUAGAUGUCAAUUCUCAGCAAUACUUCCAGCAAGAGUCUGCUAAACUCCGUCACCAGAUCCAGAUUCUACAAAAUGCGAACAGACACUUACUGGGAGAUGCUUUAAGUACGCUAAAUAUAAAAGAGCUCAAGCAGUUGGAGAACCGACUUGAAAGGAGCAUGACAAGGAUAAGAUCAAAAAAGCACGAGUUGCUGCUCGCUGAGAUUGAGUACAUGCAAAAAAGGGAAAUGGAGCUCCAAAAUGACAAUAUCUACCUCAGAGCUAAGAUUGCAGAUACAGAACGGGUACAGCAGCUAAGCAUUGUAGAAGCAACAGCUGAUCAGUACGAAUCCAUUAAUCCAGGAUUUGAUUCCAGGAACUAUUACCAUGCAAACCUUUUCCAGGCAGCAGCUCAUCAAACUGCUCUCCAACUCGGCUACGAACCAAAGCCUGAUAUAGCUCCUUGA